AUGGAGACGAACAUCAAGGAUAGAACAAGUGAGUUUCAACAAAGUAUUCUGUCAUAUAAGAAAAGAAACAAGAAACUACAACAGCAACAGCAACAACCGACCCAAGAAGAUCUCGCAUCCACACCAGUGAAGACAUCAGAAUUCCAAAAGAGAGCAUCUCUGAUAGCCAAUGAAAUUUCUCACACGGCUCAAUUGUUGUCGAAGUUGGCUAUAUUAGCUAAGAGGAAACCUAUGUUUAAUGAUAACCCUGUAGAAAUUGCUGAGUUGUCCUUUUUGAUUAAGAGAAAGAUAUACUCCAUUGAGGGGAGUCUUGUUGAGUUGAGUAAAUUUCAAAGAAGUAGUGGAGGGUUGAAUAAUGCAUACAACAAUAACAACACCAAUAAUGGUGUAGAACAUUCUAAAAAUGUUGUCAACUUGUUGAAUACCAAGAUGAAAAACAUUUCAGGUGAUUUCAAGAGUGUUCUGGAGACAAGGCAACAAUUAGAGAUGAAUAAUAGAGAUAGAUGGGCAAAAAUAUCGACGGAUGAACAUGCACAAAUACAGCAAACAAAUGGUUCUUCCAUACCUAACAACGUUAAUAAUAAAAAUAGUAAUAAUAAUAGUACGAUAGAGAAUGCUGACCAACAACGACCAACUAAAGUCCCACAAACCACUGAUUUAGCAACCGCAGCAGUAGUGGCAAAUAAUAAUAUGACCUCAUAUAAUAAUUCUAAUCCAUUUAUGUCGUCAUUAAUGGAUGAUGAGAAUGAAAAUGAUACAUCCAUCAACAGUGACGAUAGAAAAGUUAAUGCUUUGUCGUUACCCCAAAAUAGUGAUCAACAAUUAAUGUUAAUGGAGGAAGGGUUAUUGGAUAGCAAUGUUUAUUUACAAGAACGUAAUCGUGCAGUGGAAACAAUCGAAUCAACCAUUCAAGAAGUGGGUAAUUUAUUUCAACAAUUGGCAUCAAUGGUACAAGAACAAGGUGAAGUAAUUCAACGAAUUGAUGCGAAUGUGGAAGAUGUCGAUUUGAAUAUUACCGGUGCACAAAGAGAAUUAUUAAAGUAUUUUGAUAGAGUGAAGAGUAAUAGGUGGUUGGCUGCCAAGAUCUUCUUUAUUAUAUUUGCCUUCUUCUUAUUCUGGGUAUUAGUUAAUUGA